AUGUUUCAAAACGUGCUGUUGCAGAUACUUUGUGUGGUUUUCUUUAUUGGACUUUUUGGGAAUAUCAACGGCGAACAGAAAGAGACAUCGCAAGCGAUUGACCAUCCCAACAAAAAUGAAUACUCUUCAACUCUUGUCGGUUCGGAUAAGCACAAAUAUGGAUAUGAACUGAAAGAAAAUAAACAUUUUCAUCAUACAACGACUGAAGAAGACGGCGUACGUUUAGGUUGUUAUGGCUAUGUUUUAUUUGGCAAAAAAUAUUCAACUCAGUAUGUUGCCGAUGAUCAAGGAUAUCGUCCCGUCUUCACACAUGAUCCAAUUACAGUUUACCCCAAAUCUGGUGGAGAAAGAAAAGCGUCAUUUGUUGGAGAUUUUAAUGAAGAUGAACAAAGAAGUCAAAACAUUCGUUAUUUCUUCCCUGAUGGAUGUAAAGGAAGUGAUAUUAAUGUUCUGCCUAUGCCACCACCUUUUGUGUUUAAGGAAACAGAAAUUCCAGUUUCACCCCCAAAAGAAGAAACUAAGCUAAUAACAGAAGAAGCAUUUCCACCUAUUAACGUCGUUGUGCCUCCAUUCGUUCCAAUCGAACCUCCAACAACCACACCAAAGCCACCCCCUCCACCAACAACGAGACCACCACCACCUCCUGUAGUUGUUACAUCUGCCCCACUUUUCACGAAAGUGCCUGCAAGUUUAAUUUCUAAAAAUAUAAAUCAAAAUUGUUGUUGUUCAGACGAUGAUUCAAUUCCUAAACUUGUUUUAAAAGCACCCAUGAAAUCUCUUGGGAAAUCUUCUGACUCUUGUGAAAAAUAUGUGAAACUUAUUAUUCCCGUAGAAGGAUUAAAUCCCGAUAGUUUGAAAUCUCUUACAAAGGGAUCUGACACCAGUGAAAUAAUCAAAAGCGUUUUACAAUCUCUUUCUUGAAUACCGUUUGGUUUGUUUGUUUUGUAAGAUCACAUCAGUCUGAAAAGCGUCUCAUAAAAUUACUAAUAUGUCUGAUAUUGAAAAUUGAUGAGGUUUAUGUUUUUUUUAUCCGUAUAAACUCAUGAAUUUGUCAUGUAAAAUUCGAUUACAAAAUUUCAAAAUAAAAUUGUUAACUUAAAUUAAA